AUGGUCGUGAAUCUCACGGCCCGCGACCGGGCUAUUGCUGCUCAUGCUGCUGCGGCACGUUCCGGGAAGGAGUCGCCGCUGGUGGAGUUUGCCCCGCGGACACCUGUGCCGUCCCGGCCCUCGUCAGCCAAGCGCUCCACACGGCCGUCUUCCGCGACCACCACAGGCACGGCCGCCACUGCCCGAACCACAGGCACCACAGGCAGCAGAGGCAGUGGCAGGACAACACCAGGCCGUUCACCCUGGGGCGUGAAUUUCUUGAUGCCAAGGAGCUUUGUGGAGAUUGGUGCAAAACAAAACAUCGAGCAACUAGAACGUCAACUGGGGCCGAAAGAGGUGAAAUUCAAAGAGUUGGGUGCCAAACUGGAAGCUGAUGCAUUGGAAGCCGCAGCUUUGGAAGCGGUCUUAGCUCGAGACGGUCGAGAACGACGAAGGAAGGCAGAACAGGCCUGCAGGGACAACCGGAACAGCACAGGUGAACCUUGGCGACAUGGUCGGCAUGGGCAGGGGGAGGGUGCAUGUGGAGCACGGCAUUUGCCGAGUCACAGAGGCCGAAUUGGCCUGAAUGCCGGUGGAUUUUUUUCGCCGGUGUCACCUCUAGAAGCUUCAGAAUCUGCGCUGCGGAGAUCCGAACUUCGGACCCGCCCAGCUUCUGCUCAGCUUUCUCGCAGCAAUCCUUCAAGACUCACUUGA